AUGCAGCGCUCAACAUUCCUCAUAUUGUCGUUAUUAAGCGCCCAUGUCCUUGGUUGGCCUUAUGAUGAACCUCUCGCUAAGUAUAAUUUAAACGAAAACAAGACCGCCGACGGCCCGAUCGAUUAUUGGGGAGCAUGGCCGGACCAUGAAUACCAUCCAUCGCCAGACAACUGGCGGAUGCCCACAUAUACAAUCUUCUUGGACCGGAUAUCCAACGGCGAUCCGACGAAUGAUGAUAUUAACGGGACUGCAUUCGAACAUGUGGUCAACUCCAACCAGAUGCGCCACGGUGGUGAUCUGGAUGGCUUGGUAGAUACGUUGGACUAUAUCCAGGGAAUGGGUUUCAAGGUCAUCUACUUUGCCGGAACCUACUUGAUGAACUUGCCCUGGGCCUACGAUGGAUACUCGCCGGUCGACACCACUCUUCUUGAUAUGCACUACGGAACACUGGAGGAUUGGAGACGAGCCAUCGAUGAGAUCCACAAAAGGGACAUGUAUGUCCUGAUGGAUAACACCCUCGCAACACUGAGUAAUUUGAUCGGAUUCAAAGGCCACCUGAACGACUCGGCCGAUUUCAAGGCAUCCGAGUACGAAGUUCAAUGGGUCACCGAUAGACAAUAUGCCGAUUUCAACUUCAGCAACGAAUACAACGAGACUUGCAACUACCCCAAAUUCUGGGACGAGACCGGUUACCCUUUGACCACUCAGGGCGUCCAAGAUCUGCACGGCUGUUAUGACAGUGAUUUCGAUCAAUAUGGAGAGCUUGAGGCGUUCGGUAACUUCCCUGACUGGCAGCGCCAGCUCACAAAGUUCGCCUCCGUGCAGGAUCGUCUGCGUGAAUGGCACAAGCCCGUUCGUGACGUUAUCACCAGACAUACCUGCCUUCAGAUCGCAAGUCUCGACGUCGACGGCUUCCGUUUCGAUAAGAGUGUGCAGUCUACGAUCGAGCCCCUGAGUGAAAUGCUCGCUGUUUACCGUGAAUGUGCGCUGAAAUAUGGCAAGAAGAACUUCUUCCUGCCCGGUGAAAUUACGUCUGGAGAUGACUUCGGCAGUCUCUACCUCGGCCGUGGACGCCAGCCAAAUCAACGCCCUGAAACCGUGGGCGAGGCUGUCAAGUUGACAAACAACUCGGAUGCCCACUUCCUUCGAGAGGACGGACUCCAGGCACUGGAUGCUUCUGCCUUCCAUUACACUAUCUACCGCUCGAUGACUCGAUUCCUUGGAAUGGACGGUAACCUGGUUGCUGGAUAUGACUUGCCUGUCGACUUCAUUCAAGCCUGGAAUGCGAUGCUCCGAAACAACGAUUUCAUCAACGCAAACACCGGCGAACUGGAUCCCAGACAUAUGUACGGUGUUUCCAACCAGGAUAACUUCCGUUGGCCUGCGGUUGAGAACGGCACAGACAAAUACAUGCUGGGUCUAUACAUCGUCUCAUUGGAACUUCCUGGAGUGCCUCUUAUCUUGUGGGGAGAAGAGCAGGACAUGUACGUGUUUGAUGCCACUGCAUCCAACUAUAUGUUCGGUCGCCAGCCCAUGACAUACCAGACCGCUUGGUGGACACAGGGCUGCUUCAACCUGAACACCUCCAAGUUCUACGAUUUCCCCAUUGACAAGGGUCGCAACGGUUGUAACGAUAUCACCGUCACGUAUGACCAGCGGAACCCUGCUCACCCGAUUCGCAACAUCAUGAAGCGCAUGUUCGAGAUUCGAGAAAAUUACCCUGUCGCGCGAGAUGGUCUGUACCUCGAAACAAUCUCGCAGCUGACCAAGGAUAUCUACCUUCCCGGUUCUUCUACCACGCCCACCGUCACCGGUCUCUGGUCGGUGCUGCGAAGCUACUACCCCGGUGUUCAAAAGAAGGCAAUUCUGGCGAACGAGACUCUGUGGCUUGUGUACCACAACGGAAACGAGACAAAGACUUACGGUACCAAUUGCACGGACAAGAAUGCGUCUUUGCUGGCUCCAUUUGACUCAGGCACGAAGUUGACCAACCUCUUCUACCCCUAUGAUAACAUCACACUUGAAGACGGACCCUCGGGCGACGAAAACGACUACGGAUGUGCUCGCAACGUGAAGCUGCUUCCAUGGGAAUACCGUGCCUACGUCAAGUCAGCCAACUUCGUGAAGCCUGGCCCCACUGUCACCGACUUCUUCCCUGGACACGACGCUCGAUUGAUUUCCACAGAGGAUACGGGCGAGACGAUGCCCAUCCAGCUUGGUUAUUCCACCGAGAUGGAUUGUGAUAGCAUCACAAAGGCAAUCUACCUCAACUCCACUACAGAGAAGAACAUCACCGCCGAGCUUGAUACAUCCAACAUCACUUGUACCAGCAUUGACGCCAGAACCACGAGCCACAACCUCGUCGGAGAAAUUCCCACUGUUUGGACGUGGUCUGCCAGCCUGAAGAAUGUUCACCAUGGAAUUCACCAACUGACAGUGAAGAACGUUUCUUCUGCUGGAGUGUACACUAAUGCGACCGACAAGUUCUUGAUUCGUCUUGGCGCCCAUGAUAACCCUCUGAUCUCCCCGCUUGCCAAUUACUCCUCCACUCUUGUCCACAAGUCCGACGACGACUACUAUGUCCAACAUAACGCCGCCGGUGCCGAUCUUUUCCGAUACUCGUCUGAUUUCGGUCGGAGCUGGAACAACUGGACGACAUACGAGGGCGGAAAGACCACUCUUGAUAUCCCGGCCUUCGACGGCCCCAAGUCCCGGAAGUGGGAGGGAACUCAUAUUCGUGUGCAGUACUUCUCCAGGCUCACUGGAAGCAGUGACUACAUGCAAGAGGGUGAUUACGCCAGUAACUCGGGCCGACGAUUCCCACACCUGUGGUGGAAUGGUCCGUACAACCAGUAUGGCUAUGAUUCCGGACUGGAUAGCAAGAUGACCUACAAUGCCAAAACAUCUCGCUGGAACUACGACUUUGUCUACGAGUGGCCAGCCAUUGGCCAGCUGAAUGUCUGGGGAGCGGACAGCAAGGGUGACCCCGAUACUUCGGAGGUCUACGGUGAUGUUGGCAACUCAUCAUCGGUCCAGAAGCUUCCUCCUUCCUAUCUCUCAUCGAACGUCAUCAACAUCACCGCGCUUCCACCGUUCCCCCAUCUGGGCUGGACUAUCUCUCUCAAUGACGCCAAUCUGCGAUAUGAGUUGAUCCCCGUCGGAUCGGGAUGGGCUCAGCUGGUCCUUUUCAUUCUCCUCUGGGUUGUACCGAUUCUCAUGGGCUGUGCUGGUGUCUUCAUCUUCAUCAGAAACUUCUACCGCGUCAAAUUGAACAAGGAUGGCAAUGUCGUCAAAGCGGACAGUUUGCCCGUGGCCCUCUGGGGCAGAGUGAAGGACACUUUCCACAAGGAUAGCGAAGUCAUCCCGAUGGAAGAGAAGGGAUUCCCGGGUGCCAUGGCCGUGGCCGGAGCCAGCGACCAGCGCCGCACGGUAUUGAUUGCUACCAUGGAGUAUGACAUUCAGGACUGGAAGGUCAAAGUCAAGAUUGGUGGAUUGGGAGUGAUGGCACAGCUUAUGUCCCAGAACCUCAAGCAUCAAAACCUCAUCUGGGUGGUGCCCUGUGUCGGUGAUAUUGAGUACCCCGAAGACACACCCGCCGAACCCUUCGUGGUGACUAUCCUCGACAAGCCUUACUCGGUCAACGUGCAGUACCACGUUGUGGACAACAUUACUUACGUGCUGCUCGAUGCUCCUGUUUUCCGACAGCAGACCAAGGCUGAGCCAUACCCUCCACGUAUGGACGAUCUUGACAGUGCUAUUUACUAUUCCGCCUGGAACCAGUGUAUCGCAGAGGCGAUCAAGCGAACUCCCUCCAUCGACCUUUACCACAUCAACGAUUUCCACGGCUGUGUCGCUCCUCUAUACCUUCUCCCGUCUCGAACCAUCCCAGUCUGCUUGUCUUUGCACAACGCCGAGUUCCAAGGUCUUUGGGCUCUCAGAACUGCGCAAGAGAAGAAGGAAGUCUGCUCUGUAUUCAACCUUCCUAUCGAGGUCGCGACCAAGUACUGUCAAUUCGGCAACGUUUUCAACCUUCUUCACACCGGUGCUAGCUACCUUCGAUUCCACCAACGCGGCUUUGGCGCAGUUGGCGUGUCAGAGAAGUACGGAAAGCGCUCGUGGGCUCGUUACCCUAUCUUCUGGAGUCUCGGCAAGAUUGGUAGUCUUCCUAACCCCGAUCCCUCUGACACUGCUGCCCUGAAGAAGGACCCCAACGUGGAAGUCACAGUACAGUCUGCUGAUGAAUCGGUUAAUGACAAGCUUCAGGCCCAGAAAUGGGCUGGCUUGAAGGAAGACCCAGAGGCUGAUCUGCUGGUGUUCGUCGGAAGAUGGUCGAAGCAGAAGGGUGUCGAUUUGAUUGCGGAUGUUAUGCCCGCAGUCCUGUCUGCUAGGCCCAACGUCCAGUUGAUCUGUAUCGGUCCCCUCAUUGAUCUCUAUGGUAAGCUUGCUGCGAUCAAGCUGGCACGCAUUAUGGAAAUGUUCCCAGGCCGUGUGUUCUCCAAGCCAGAGUUUACCGUCCUGCCUCCCUUCGUAUUCUCUGGUGCAGACUUCGCCCUUAUCCCAUCCCGAGACGAGCCUUUCGGUCUGAUCGCCGUCGAGUUUGGUCGCAAGGGUGCACUUGGAAUCGGUUCUCGUAUUGGAGGUCUAGGUCAGAUGCCUGGUUGGUGGUACACGGUCGAAUCCGACUCUGCUCGCCAUCUUUUGCACCAGCUGAGGACCGCCAUCAAAUCUGCCUUGGAUUCAUCGCAAGAGACCCGAUCGGAGAUGCGUGCCAACUCCGCCAAGCAGCGCUUCCCUGUCCUUGAGUGGGUCCAGAAGCUUGAAGUGCUACAGAGAACCUCGAUCAACAUUCACCACCAGAAGAACUCCCUCACCGUCUCUGGCCCAUCCCGAGAGUCCCAGAUCUACUGGGAAACACCGGGCUUGCGGGACACAAUGAUGACCCGCCCCGGCUCAACCGUGUCACUCUCGGGAGCUUUGGAUGCCUCCAGAAACUCGCAAGCUGCCCAACCAUCGCUCCUUCAGCUCCAGGCAGCUGAAGCCCAAGAAAUGCAAGCCGAAAGCAACCGAAGCAGCAUGCUGGGCCGCCAACUGUCGCUCGGUCGCCGUUCUGGACCCGGACAGGGCAGAAAGCGCCUCGUCAAGAAGUCACCCCGUGAGAGUCAGAUGCUCGAGCCUCCUGUCGAUGGUGACACCACCGACGCCGACGAUGAGGGCUACUCGACCCCGCAGCAGGAGAACUUCAUUUCUCAAGAGGAGGCCAUGGCCGCCGUCAAUUCCGCUCUCGGCACUCAGGACAUCGCGACACACCCUCGCAACCUGGGUCACGCUCGCGAGGAUUCCUCUUCCUCGGCAUCGGAGUCCUCGCGGUUCAUCUCCAGGGAUUCCUCUCCCGUGCGGAUCUCUCGUGACCACUCCGACCCAAGCACACCUUUCGCCCAUGCCAACAACCUCUCUGUUCUCUCUCUGCCAUCGGUUGUCCAAGACCAUGCCUCGCCCGACUUCCAUCUGCAAAAGGUCGACCCGACCUUCACUGACAGCAUGGGUACCUUCACGAGACACUUCGAGCAGCAACUCACCAAUCUGAAUAAGAAGAACUCGAUUUCGGAUUACUGUAUCGAACUUUAUCUCAUGAAGAGUGAGCGCAAGUUCUUCUACAUGUACAACGAUGCGCAGUUGAAGAAGCAGCCCAAGGAACGCCCUAUGACUGGAGCCGGCCUGGAUCAGACCGUCGAGAACACGCCAUACAACCUUGUCACCGAGGGUGGCGAAGAGUCGGAAUCAAACGAUACCGAUGAGAUCGACGUUUGGCUCGCUCGUCUGGGGUACAAGAGACCUAUGGCUAUUCAGCGCUUCAUGAGAUGGCGUGUCGGUAACUGGCCUGUUUACGCUCUGUUCUUGGGUCUUGGACAAAUCAUUGCGACGAACUCAGCACAAAUCACCCUUUUGACAGGUCAGAUUGGUGAGACUGCUGUCAAGCUCUACGUUAUUGCAGCCAUCUACUGUGUUUCGUCUAUCUGCUGGUGGUUCCUCUACUACACCCUGCCAUCCGUCUUCGUUCUCACUCUCCCCUGGUUCAUCUACGCCAUGGCAUUCGUGACGAUUGGUGUGUCCCCAUACGCACUUUCGAGCCUCGGUCAGACAUGGGCGCAGAACUGUGCCGCGGGUAUCUAUGCCGCCGCAUCUUCCAGUGGUUCCUUGUUCUUUGCCCUCAACUUCGGUGACCAAGGUGCCGUGCCUGUCAAGGAUUGGAUGUUCCGCGCGAGUUUGAUCCAGGGAAUUUCGCAGCUCUACACUGUCGCUUUGUGGUACUGGAGUGCUAGAGUCACUGCCGUGGAAGUCGGAGGUGUGUCGACCGCUGCUUUGAACUCGUGGAAGCUCACAGCUGUGGUGAUGCCUAUUGCCGCAGUUUGUUUGGUUAUCGGUGUUCUUCUUGCUCUUGGUUUGCCCAAGUACUACCGCCAAGCCCCUGGAAAGAUCCUCAACUUCUACGGUUCCCUGCUUCGCCGCCGCAUUGUGCUCUGGUUUUUCUUCAUGGUCAUCGUCCAGAAUUGGUUCCUUGCUGCUGCAUUCGGCCGAAACUGGUCCUUCCUCUGGACUUCUCAGCACACCAAGGCCUGGGAGGUCACCCUGUUGAUCAUCUUCUUCUUCGUCAUCCUCUGGGUAGCUAUCAUGGUCCUCUUCCGUUUCCUGUCCAAGGAACACAGUUGGAUCCUCCCGGUCUUCGGUCUGAGCAUUGGAGCCCCUCGAUGGGCCCAAACCUGGUGGGGAACUUCCAACAUCGGAUAUUACCUUCCAUGGGCUGGAGGUCUCACUUCCGGAGCACUUGCAUCCCGAUGCUUGUGGCUCUGGCUGGGUGUUCUGGACGAAAUCCAGCAAGUUGGUCUUGGAAUGAUCCUUCUCCAGACCUUGACUAGAGUGCACGUCUGCUUUGUCCUGUUGGCCGCGCAAUGUAUUGGUUCCAUUGCUACUAUCUGUGCUCGAGGCUUCGCGCCUAACAAGACCGGCCCGGGAAGUAUCUCCCCGCCGGUUGGAUCGUCCGUGGACGCAGUUGCCAACGCGUGGUUCUGGAUUGCGCUCUUCUUCCAGCUUUUGGCCAGCUUUGGUUUCCUUCUGUUCUACCGUCGCGAGCAGCUCAACCGCCCUUAA